AGCCCCAGUCCUCCCGAGAGGGACAGCAUGCACAAAUCUAUGACCCUGAUGAGGCACCUGCUGGUGGACGCUCAGGCCAAAAUCGUCAAAAUGAUGGAUGACAACAAGCAGCUGGCCCAGAGGAUAGAUGGGGCCAUCCAGUCAGCGAGCCAGGAGGUGACCAACCUGCGCUCGGAGCUCAGUGCCACCAGCCGCAGACUGGCCGAGCUGGGGGCUAACGACUCCACCGGCAGCGGGAGUGGGAGCAGCACCGGGAACAGCACGGAGGGCAGUCAGCACAACCACAACGAGCCCUCUCCUCACCAUCGGCAGAAAGCGCCCAGCACUGACCUCUGCUACAAAAGUGAAGUCAGCAGCUUGAUGGACUUCCACUCCCCAGACGCUUCUCUCGACAAAGUUCUUCUGCGAGAGGAGGUUGCUCAGCUACAGGAGGAGGUCCAGCUCUUGCGUCAGAUGAAGGACAUGCUGAGUAAAGACCUGGAGGAGACUCAGGGGGGCUGCUCCGCCGACGUGCUCUCAGCCACCGAGCUACGGGUUCAACUGGCCCACAAGGAGGAGGAGCUGGACCGGGCCAAGGAGGCGCUGCAAGCCAUGAAGUCGGACCGAAAGCGUCUGAAGGCGGAGAAGGCGGACUUGGUGAAUCAGAUGCAGCAGCUGUACGCCACACUGGAGAGUCGCGAGGAGCAGCUACGAGACUUCAUCCGCAACUACGAACAGCACAGGAAGGAGAGCGAGGACGCGGUGAAGGCUCUGGCCAAAGAGAAGGACCUGCUAGAGAGAGAGAAGUGGGACCUGAGGAGGCAGACCAAGGAGGCCACGGAGCUCACGGCCCUGCUUCGGACUCAGCUCGACCUCAAGGAGAACCGCAUCAAGGAGCUGGAGGCCGAGCUCGCCAUGAUGAGUAACAAUGUGAAUCAGAGGAUGGAGUACCGCCUGUCGGACCGAGACUGCCCCCCCAGGUUCACUGUGGCCAAACAGUCCCUAGCCACCCUCACCAAGGACGUCCCGAAGCGGCACUCCCUGGCCAUGCCCACCGAGGCAGUGGUCAACGGGAACAAUCAGGAGUGGGUGAUGCAAGCCGACCUCCCCCUGACCGCCGCGAUACGACAGAGCCAGCAGACGCUCUACGUGCACACGGGACAUCCCAGCGACAGACAAGUGGCGGCGGUUCGGGUGAGCCCCUGUCACUCCCGCCAGCCGUCUGCCCCAUCCGACGCCUCGGCCCUGGACGCAGACAGGUCCUCCACGCCCAGCGACCUCAACUCUCCACGCCACCGGACACACUCUCUCUGCAAUUCCCUCGAAGAUUUGGAGGAGGCGAAGCGUAAGAAGAAAAAAGAAAAGAUCGGUUUGGGUUCGCUGUCUCGCGUCUUCACCCGAGGAAAGCAACGCAAGUCUCUGGAUCCCGGUCUGUUCGACGACUCGGACAGCCCCUCCAGCCCGACGCGGCACUCCCUGAGCCUGUCGGACGGCUCAGAGGAGCAGCUGGACCGCCUGCAGCAGGUGGAGCUGGCCCGCACCACGCCCAUGUCCCAGUGGAGAGCCGGGACAGUGCAGGCCUGGCUGGAGGUGGUCAUGGCCAUGCCCAUGUACAUACGCUCCUGCUCCGACAACAUCAAAAGCGGAAAGGUGCUGCUGGGUCUGACAGAUGAAGACCUGGAGGUGGGCUUAGGUGUCACCAGUCUGAUGCACCGCAGGAAACUCCGCCUUGCCAUCGAAGACUACAGGGACGCCGAGAGUGGCAAAGGCCUGUCCAAAGCAGCAGACAUGGACCAUCACUGGGUGGCUAAGGCGUGGCUGAGUGACAUAGGGCUGCCGCAGUACUCCCAGGCCUUCCACACCCACCUGGUAGAUGGGCGCGUGCUUAACUCCCUGACCCGACACGACCUGGAGCGACACCUGCACAUCACCAAGAAGAGCCACCAGGUCAGCGUCCUGCUGGGGAUCGAACUGCUGCAUCUGCUUAACUUCCACAAGGAGGCUCUGCAGACUCGUCGUCUGCAGUGUGAGCACCAGAACACAGACCCUUUAGUGUGGACGUCUCAUCGGGUCAUCAGGUGGAUCAAGGACAUCGACCUCAAGGAGUUUGCGGAGAACCUCUUGAACAGUGGAGUGCAUGGAGCUGUGAUGGUGCUCGACCCCACGUUCAACACUGAAACCAUGGCAACAGCUUUGGGUAUCCCCGGCAACAAGCACAUGGUCCGGCGCCAUCUGGUGGAGGAGCUUAAGAACCUCAUCGGACCAGCCAGGGCUGAAGCAAAGCUGGAUUUUGAACGUUUGAGCCUGGGGACCCCUCCCACCCCUCUCAGACAAAGCUCCCUGCAGAGACAGCACAGCUCGGGCAGACACGACCAGGACGAGGGGUCACUCAGGAGGAGGGCCGUCAAGCCUCCAUCGGGAUUCAGCCCUAAAGCUCGCAAUGGGCGGGACUUGAGUUGUCAUGGCAGCUUUGGGUCCCUCCCGCGAGACCAGGCUCCGCCCACCACCGACAGUAGCCCAAUCCGAGGCUACACCAGCAUCGAGGUCACCAACGUUUGAGCACUGGGAUGAGCAACAAAAUAUGGGGAAGAUUAUUUUUGUAACGCAAGCCUCUACUGAACGAACUGCACUUUUAUCAGAAAGUUUAAGGUAUUUUUCAGACUGAAUUGAGCUUGAAGGACUUGACUAAGAUGAAUAUUUUUAUAAUGUCUUUCUGUACAUAGUGCUUUAUAAUGACACAAAAAAAUAGUUUGAACCAAGACUGUUAUACUUAAGAAAAUAAUGUAUACAGAUCCCUUAAAGAUGCAGUGUGUAGUUUUCAUAGAAAUAAAUAAAUAAAUAAAAAACAUCACACAAUCAACACAAGACACGAUUAUGCAAAAUUACCUUUUUUGACUGUUAUAAUUCCCAAAAUAAAAAUAUAACUUUUGUGCCCAUUUCAGUCUUGUUUCUCCUGGUGCUGAGUUUCCAAGUGUUCAAACCCUGCCCCCCCCUGGAAGUUCUGACCAAUCAGCAAGCUUUCUGCAUCCAAUUUAUGCAAUUGGGAUGGACUAAAAUCACAGAAUUUCUCACUCAAACAUAAAAAAAAAACUACACACUACAUGUUUAAUGAUAAAGAAAUAAAGAAAAGAUAAAAGCCUAAUGGGCUUGACACACGGGGGCUAAGUUGCUCCUUCUCCGUUCAUUUCGAGUGGAACUUACAUGAGAAUGAGAAAAUCACCAGUCUCUCUCAGUGCAGCGACAAGAGAAAGUAGUUCCCGUGGAAACAUCGCGCUCAUGUAAGUGGACCUGCAAUGCGAGCCUGAAAGUUGAAAAAGACACGUCAUUGUACCUGCGUUUCAGCCAAUCAGUGAACAGUGAGCUAACAUGAGAAGGGCGACAGUAGCUCAGUUGGUCGGAGUGUUGUCCAUUGAUCUGAAGGUUGGUGGUUUGUAUCCCACUCUCGACAUAAUUGGUUGAUCGGUCAGAUCCGUUGACCCACAGGUUGGCGGUGUGAUUCCAGCUCCCACAGAUGAAUGCCGUCGUUGUGUCCUUGGGCAAGACACUUAACCCACCUUGCCCCAGUGUCUGUGUAAAGUUGAUGUAAAGUGCUUUGAGUGCAUUGAAGGUAGAAAAGCGCUAGAUAAAAAUAUGGCUAUUCACUAUUUACUGUGUCAGAUUUUCCCCAUACUACUAAACUACAAGUGAGAUAUAUCAAGAAAGUCGCUGUUUUCUAACCCAGGGUGGGCUUUUUCUUCUGAUACAAGGCAGAGUAAACACUAAUAAUCAGUCAAUUCUUCAUGCAAAAACCUCAUAAGCCCACUUCGUUUCAUACUUGCAGUUUUUUAUCCCUAAUAAAAUGCUCAUAUAUAAUGUGAAAGUGUAUAUACUGUAGUGUUCUGGUGUAAGGAAACAUGCCAAAUUUAUAUUGGUUGUUUAUUUUCUAAACAUAAGGGCUACUGUAGGCCAUAAUCCCGCCAAAACCAGAGCAAAACAACAGCAGUCUCUACUCACUAGAGCCAGUCUCCAAAACAGACCAGAAACGGCGAAUAGGAACUUCAUGUUAACUUGUCGCCGUGUCACGUACAAAAGCAGUUACAUUAACAACAACACGUUUACAAGAAAAACAAAAGGUGUCAACUCUGAGCUAAACACAAAAUACCAGAUCAUUACAAUACAUUAAAAUGCUCAUAUAUAAUGUUAAAGUACAUAUAUUAUAGUUUCACAGUCAAAUCUGAAGGAGACUGGAUUUUAAACCUAAACUCGCUGUCACUCGUCGCUCCCGUGUGUCGAGCCCGUGACUCAGUGUUGUAAUGGAAUGACUGUUUAAAAUUUUGAUGUAUUUUUACUUGGAAAAAAGCAAAAUGUGUUUUAUUACUAAUACGAUUAUUGUCUAUUUGCACACUUACACUGUUGUGUCUAAACAAAUGUAGCGCCCUCUGCUGACGUUUUUAUACUGUGCAGUUUCGGAUAAUGAUGUCUGCUGCCGAUGAUGCAAGUUGUGGCAAGAUAAAGAUUUACAAUGAUUAUC